ACACCAGACGUCAGCCCAGGCUGCUUAAUUCCUAGAAGGUGGGAGGGCUGGAGGGCGGAACCCAGUUUGGAGGUGUGCAUUCUGCUUGGAGCUGCGCUGUACCAUGGCUGAGAAAGGUUGCAGGAUCUCCUAUGAUGAAUACAAGGAGACGGCUGACUGGUUAAUGGCCCAGAUUACAAUCCAACCAAAGAUAGCAGUGAUCUGUGGAUCUGGCCUCGGGGGCCUCGCUGAUUUACUGAGCAACCAGGUCAUCAUUCCGUAUGAGAAGAUCCCCCGCUUCCCAAAGAGUACAGUUUCAGGUCAUGCUGGCAGGCUGGUCUUUGGGGAGCUCCACGGGAAGCAGUGUGUCUGUAUGCAGGGCCGUUUCCAUUUCUAUGAGGGUUACCCAAUCAAUGAGGUAACCUUCCCUAUUCGUGUUUUUCAUCUGAUGGGGAUUGAGACUCUGAUCGUAACCAAUGCCGCGGGAGGUCUGAAUGAAGAAUUUAAUGUCGGUGACAUCAUGUUCAUUAAUGACCAUAUCAAUAUGCCCGGCUUCGCAGGACUGAACCCACUGAGAGGCAGCAAUGAGGACAGGUUCGGCGUGCGGUUCCCAUGCAUGUCAGAUGCCUACGACAAGACCCUUCGGCAGAUAGCCUUUAAAUGUGCCCAGGAGCUGGGCUAUCAGGAUUUUAUCCGAAGCGGGGUGUAUUGCAUGCUGGCCGGGCCCUCAUAUGAGACGGUUGCCGAGUCUCACUUGUUGAAGAAACUGGGAGCAGACGCCGUUGGAAUGAGCACAGUGCCCGAGGUGAUCCUUGCUCGUCACUGCGGAUUGCGAGUGUUUGGCACCUCCCUCAUCACCAACAAGGUUGUGACAGACUACAGCAGCCAACAGAAAGCCAACCACACGGAGGUGCUGCAGACCUCAAAGGAUCGAGCUGAGGCCCUGCAGAGACUCAUCAGUGGCCUGGUGGCGAAGAUAGACUGAACGAGGCAUGGCCCAUGCAGUGCAAGAAGUGGCAUGGCCCCCCAAACCCCACAAUGCUGCAGCAAUAAUAUUAUCACCAAACAGUGAGUGAGAUCGGACAUGGAGGAGGAUGCAAAAUACCCAGAGUCAAAUUGCUCACCCUUGUACACACCACACAAUCUACAACCAGACUAAUUGUCUUAGAUAGUCCAGCUCAUAGAGUCUCUACAGUGUGGAAGCAGGCCAUUUGGCCCAUCCAGUCCACCACAAACCUCUGAAGAUCAUCCCACCCAGACUCAGGCCUUACCCUAUCCCUGCAUUUCCCAUGGCUGACCCGCCUAGCUGUUUAUCCUGGACACUGGGGCAAUUCCCCACAGCCAAUCCACCUAACCUGCACACCUUUGGACUGUGGUAGAAAACCGGACCACCCGGAGGAAACCCACGCAGACCCAGGGAGAAUAUGCAAACUCCACACAAACAGUCACCUGAGGCUGGGAAUGAACCCAGGACCCUGGCGCUGUGAGGCAGCAGUGCUAACCACUGAGGCACUGUGCCAGCCCAAAUGGUCAAUCUGUUAAAAACUCCAUCCUGCUAAUGUACCACUUCCAGUUGAUAUACCCCACCUCUCAUGUGACACAUACCCCACCAAGUCAUUAUACCUCAUCUUUUUGAUAAACCUCACCCACCCCGUUGAAUACCCCCAUCUACCAUUAUAAUCCCAUCUACCCAUUCUCUGCCAACACUUACACCUCCCAUCCACCCACCCAUCAUAUAAUCCAUUGGCCCUUGAUAGCACCCACCCACCCAUUUUGUACCCUGCUUGCUCUUUAUAUCCCCAUCUGAUAUACCUCUCCUUGCCCCAGCUGAGCUCACCUGCUCAUUGUCUUGGCCCAAUGUUCAGUCCCUUUGACCGUUGACUGUAUUAUACUAUAAUGUGUAAUAUACUAGUUGGUCAAAGUGAUUCUAUCCUGAAUCGCCACCAAGUCCGAUUUCACGUCCACAAUGCUUUUACUAUAUGCAUUUUAGGCUAAGGUUAAUAGAAAUCUGCAAGAUAAUUACUUUUUAUUUCUAACUCAUUGUUGUAUUAAGGACAAGUGAGUUUCUACUAAAAAGGUUUACAUUUGUAUCGCACUUUUUUAUAACUAUCUCUUUAAAGCACUUUACAGGCGAUGAAUUACAGUUUGAAGUGUCUCCUUUCUCAGGCAGUCCCUCAUGAUUGAGGCUGUCUUGCUUUCAGAUUUGAUGGGUUCUGGGAUGAUGAUAAGUCUAACACACAAUGUGAAGACUGUGUACGCGCGUGUGUGUGUGUGUGUGUGUGUGUGUAUCUGUCUCUCUGUGUAAGUGAGUGCAUAUGAGUCUCUGAGUGUAUGUUUGAGCGUGUGAGUGUGUCUCUGUGUGAGCAUAUGUGUGGGUGUGUGUCUGUGUAAGUGUGUGUAAAUGCAUAUAU